AUGGGCAGUAUAGUUUGCAUGCAUUGCCAAUGGAAAAACUGUCCACGUGCUUGGAAAGGAUUAUACCAAGGAAGGAGUAAAACUGCAACGGUUAUCUUAGAAGCUGUUGCCUCAUGUGACUUAUGGAUAUGGCACGCAUUUUUUGGAACACCUGGAACUUACAAUGACAUCAACGUGUUGCAACGAUCUUCGGUGUUUGAUGAUUUAUAUCAGGGUAAAGCCCCUCAAGUGAACUUUACAGUCAAUGGUAACACAUAUAACAAAGGAUACUAUCUAACUGAUGGGAUAUAUCCUAAGUGGGCCGUGUUCAUCCCAGCGAUUCGACUCCCAAUGAAUCCCGUGGAUCAAUUGUUCACUGAGCGACAAGAAUCGGUCCGAAAAGAUGUUGAGCGGGCCUUUGGUGUUCUUCAAUCACGUUUCGCAAUAAUACAAAGACCAGCUCUUGUAUGGGAUGAAACGUUGUUGUGGGAGAUAAUGCUGGCUUGUAUAAUUCUUCAUAAUAUGAUUGUUGCGGAUGAACGAGAUACAUAUCAGAAUUAUGGUGACAUGUCAGAAUUCGAGCAAGAAAAUGCAACAGCAAUUAGCGGAUCAACACAUACAAACUAUUCUGUGCAACAUGGUCGAAUUAAUGAUAUUGGAAUGGAACGAUAUAUGGAAAGGCGAGCUAAUGCAUGGGAUAGAAAUGUGCACAACGCCUUACAAAGAGACUUGGUUCAACAUAUUUGGCAAAUUAAUCACCAGUCUACUGAUGACGAUUGA